UGUCAGUCAGUCUGCAGUGAUGCUGUUAGGAAUACUCAAAUGUCCUGCCUACACAAUGGCUAAAACUCUCUUCUUACUGAGUUCACUAACAACAGGUUUUGCAUAUGCUGAGUCGAACUGCACAAGUCGCAGAUGUCUGGCUCAAAUGUUAAUCGGCAAAACAUAUUUGUCUCAGCCGCAGGACGAAAACUGCACCCAGCCUAUUUACGUGCCAUUCAUAGAGUAUCAAACUUUAUCAGUUGACACAAAGGAUCUCCGUUUGAUUAGUCGCCUGAAAGCAACAAUUAGAUGGACAGAUCCUGAGUUGAAAUGGGACACAUCAGUUUACCAGUAUAAUGAAGUGGUUCUGCCAGUGGAUAAAAUCUGGACCCCAGAGAUCCAUGUAACAAAUAGUAUACUGACAACCAUGAAGCACGGCUCUCACGAUCUGCUGGUAUACAGUAACGGUACCUUGCUGCACAAUGUUAUCAUCAAUGCAGAGAUAAACUGUGAAAUCAAUCUGUUCAACUAUCCCUUUGCUGCGGAUGAGUGCCCUGUCGCAAUCCAGACCUGGUCCACAGGCGGAUGUGGUUCCAACCUGGUACUGAAUGAAUUGAAGACAGUUGAUAGCACUCAUGGAGACUGGGAAACAGGCAGAGUGACCCUUGAGAAAAAACGAAAUGACCGCAACUACAUCAUGGUGGAAUUGAAAAUCAAAUAUAGCAACCCCUUCAUAACACUGCUUCUGCCAAGUAUUCUGAUCAUUUUAUCUGAUGUAGUCAGUUUCGCUCUGCCACUAAGAGGCGGUGAACGCAACUCUUUCAAGGUAACUCUGGUUCUCAGCUUCACCCUGUUCCUCAACAUCCUUAGCAACCAGCUUCCCGGAGACAGCCAGUGCAGCCCUAUUAUUCGAACCCACUUCUGCAUUUGUCUGGUCUUACUGGUGUUGAGCAUGCUGGUGUCCAUACUGCUGACACGGGUGGCUGAAGAUGGCUACCUCAUUUUCUGCUGUCAUUCCCGAGGGUCAGAUCCGAAAAACACAGGAUGCACUGAAGAGAAGGGGGAUGAGGAAGUCAAAACUGAUAUUGGACAGCCGAAUGCCCCAGAGGAGAACAGCCAAAUGCUCAGAAAAGUGGUCAGAUUCUUGGAAGGUCUUGAUACAAAGGCGAUGAAAAACGAGCAGCAUGAAAAGUUUGCCAACAAACUGGACAAGAUCUUUUUCUGGUUCUAUUUCAUUUUUGCUACUGCAUACUUUUCGGCCAUGACUGCCGUUAUGGUAACUUACACAUGCACAGUUAAUCAUUUUGAUUUCUGGUACUAAUGCAACUGGCUGAUGUGUACGUGUGUGUCAUUACUAUUCAGCUGUUUUCUAUAAAUUUGCAAAUUUCAUACCAGAAAUUUCAAUUUCAAACAUUGCAUACACACAAAAUGCAAAGAGUGAUUCAAAAAUCUCAGCAUGCAUGUUGUUUCAUGUGUUUAACUGUAGUAUGCCAAAAGUUGUAGAUUUGCACGUGUUUCUCUGGAUGGUUAACAAUAGUGUGUUUUCCUAUUUCUGGAGAUUUAUGAAUUUUUUUUAUUUCACUUCUAUCAUGAGUUAUAAUAGUUUUAAUAAUAAUAAAAUAUAUGUUAUAC